CAUGACCCAUUUACGAAAUCACAAUAAAAUCUCUAUACCAACCACAUCAAUAUCUCCUUACCUCCCAACUAUCUCCCCCCUUUCAGCCUAUGCCGUAGACCAAAGGCGCCAUCGAACACGAGGCCCUGUACUAAGAAGGCUACAGUAGGAACAGUGCAGCGGACUUGGGGCUGCGUGCUUAGAGUAAUAGAGUCCUGCGCCGAUCGACAUCUCUGUACCUCGAGGGAAGGCGAAAGACUUGUUCUGUUUGUUGAUCAUUUAUUUUAAGAUACCGUAUUCACUCUCUUAUUGUAUCGGAAGCCUGUAGAUUUACUGCUGGCUUGUAAAUAGGCCUGUGGAAUGCAUAUGAUAAAAAAAAAGGUACUUUAACGCACGAGAUAGCUAUAUAUAUUGUGUGUGUGUUUGACAUACCGCUCCAGAAGAAAAGUUUAGAAAGUUGGGGGCGUGGGUUGUCGAAUUCCGCCUUACCAGCUUCCGCUAUUAAGAAGUCCUUGGACCUUAUCGACACCCAGAACGUGUUGUAUCAGUCAGCACUGCCAGAAGAGGCGCUCUGCACUUUGUUGGGACUCCUCCAACAGUUGAUACUAGGUUUACCGCCAGGUGGAGGACUUUGAGAAUGUUUUAAGUCUAGACCAUUCUAAAAUAUUUUAAAAGCUCCGCCCUGGUGGGCCCUUUAAAACUGGCGUUGUCAAGUGCUUUGAACCAUCUCUGAGAAUCUGAUGAAAGAAUUCAUAGGUUUGAGAAGAUGUUAAGCUGAAAUCUUCACUCGUCGACUACAAAGGAUUUUCCAAAUCUUGAAAUUUAGUUUCUUGUUGUUUAAUUAAACGAUUUUUAAAAUGACUGUGACAAAAGUUUUAAAGAAACACUUUGUGAAUAGUAGUUGUUAUUCCUUCAAAAGAAAUUUUUGGAUGUUAAUUUUUCUAAAAGUUGUAGAGCUGAUUCUAUGCUCCAGUACUCCAAAUGGUAGAGGCAUUCGGCACAUGAAAGAGUUUACCUCGACCAACCCAGUAUUCCAAGUUGUUGUUCAUCAGAACACCAGUGAGGUUUUUGUUGGUGGCCGAAAUUACCUCUACAAAUUUGAUCGUAAUCUUACUCUAUUACAAAAAACUACUACUGGACCUGAACUCGACAGUUUAUUCUGCUUACCACCCCCAUUUGUAUGCAAUAAAACACGUCUACCAUCUGAUAACGACAACAAGGUUCUGGUUCUGAACUAUGAUAAGCCGAAUUUUGUAUUACUUUUAAGCUGUGGAACUCUUAAUCAGGGUAUGUGUACGAUGUAUCCUGCUUCUGACAUUCUAAGAAGUAAAAGGAUAGGAAGUAAUCACAGAAAUGAAACAAUCAAUUACAUCGCUAGUAAAGGGUCUGUCGUUGCAUUUUUUGUACCAAGACCCGUGGGAGGCUCUGUAUUGUUUUCUGCAUCAUCUUAUGAUGGACGACCCGUAGAACUGAGACCCGAGGCAGUAUCCAGUAAAAUAAUCAACGUCGUUACUAACUCUGUGAAUUUCCAGUAUACUUCGAAAACAGAUUAUUCCCACACAGGUGUGGACCUCUUGACAAAAUACAAGAAGAAUUAUCGAAUUGAGUAUAUCUAUGGGUUCAGUUAUGGGAGCUUUUCGUAUUUUUUAACAACUCAGCGAAUGUCUCCAAUAUCAGACAAUUAUGAAACCCGUCUAGCCAGGAUUUGCAAUAACGAUUCGACAUUCUUCUCGUACAUAGAACUCCCUUUAAUGUGCCAGAGAGGUUUGGAUCAAUACAACAUCGCUACCACCGGUUUUCUUGGGCAAGUUGGUAGUACCCUGAAGCGACGUUUGAAAUUGAACCACAUUAAAGACGUACUGUUUGUAACUUUUAGCCGUGGUAAAAACGGCUACUCCAAGACCGUAGACAAAUCGAAGGGUUCUCUUCUUUGUUCAUUUCCCAUGACUCAUGUGAUUAGUUCUUUUACAACUGCCAUAAGACAAUGUUUCCAAGGAGAUCAUCGGACCCAACUGUUAGAAGUUUUUCACGGAAGACGUAACUCUUGCAAGAAAGUGAAUAUUCCUAUAGAUGAUAAUUUUUGUGGUUCCGGAUAUAACUCUUUCAUCCAAGGACGAGACAGUGUCUUGGGUGGGUUUCGAACUCAUGUAGAUGGCCAAAUUACUUCUCUUGCUGUAACACUUCAGAAUGGAAAAACAGUAGCAGCUUUAGGAACAGAAGAGGGUGACGUCAUCAAGGUUAAGUUAGAAAAACAAAUAAGCGACAGGCCUCUUGUUACACACAACAUUGCAGACCCUAAUUCUAUGGAUAAAGCAAUUCGGAGAUCUAAUUCAUUCGAUGUUACCCAUGAGAACUUGUACCUUCUAACUGGGAACAAGGUAGUAAAAUUUCCAUUAGGUUCAUGUUCGCUAUACACCGAUUGUGCAACCUGUCUUACAGUAGAUGAACCCUUGCACUGUGGCUGGUGUGGAUCGUACUGUGCUCAUCGGGACGAAUGUGACAACUCGUCAGUUUUAUCCCACGUUAACUGUCCUCCAAUAAUUCAAGAGUUUUCACCUAAAACAGGGCCGUUGGAGGGAGGUACGUUGCUUACAAUAAAAGGAGACAACUUUGGUUCAGCUCAGAGUGGAGGCAACGCAGAGAUUUCUGUUCUUGUAGGCGAUGUAAGCUGCUCUUUGGUUCACUGGAAUAAAACAAUGGUCCAAUGUAAAACUGGGGCUGUUACUGACCCAAUGGACAGUGAAAUUAAAAUGUAUGUGAAAGAUGCCACGUGGACACUCGUGCAGUUUGAUAUGAUCGGGAACAUUACAAGUACGGAUAGCUUUAGUUACAAGAUUCCAGAACUGAGUGGAGUUACUCCUUCUCAUGGACCUUAUUCAGGCGGAACGAAUUUGACUGUUAUUGGGAAGAACUUGAACAUUGGAUACAAGCAAGAGAUAUUGAUUGGUGAUGUCCAAUGUUGGGAAGUGUGGAAUGUGGGCAAUAAAGCAAAGUGUAUAACGGGCAAAUAUAAACACAGCCCUCACACUGCGGAAGAUGGAGCCUACAAAGAGCGGGUCGUGAUGAUUAAAAUAGAUAAUGCUGUUUUUACCGUGAAGAAUACGCCAGCUCUCCAGAGUAGAGAUCUCCAUUCUCGAUUUAAGUACAUAGAGGACCCAAAAAUAAUUAACCUGCAUCCACAUGUAACAGUUAAAAGCGGCGGGACUAACGUAACUGUUGUCGGAACCAAUUUACACAGUGUGGCGAAACCGAAAAUGAUUGUUGUACUGACGUCGUCAGUCAGCGGGCAGCAGAUGAGGAAAUCUGUGAAUUGCACCCUGACAAAAGCGGAUGGUUCAGAAAUGGUUUGUCAAACACCACCAUUAUCGGAUAUUAAUAAAACGGCUCCAUCUGCGCAUGCACCUAUUCGAGCUCACGUAGCCUUUGAAAUGGAUGGUGUUGAAUAUUUGCGACAUCUUCCCCACUAUAAUAUGCACUUGUCCGAACUCUUGUAUUACCCCGACCCUGUGUACUAUAAGUUGGAAGGUGCUAAACAGAUCCCGAUGGAUGAUACUCUAUUGCUGCUUGAGGGCGAGAACUUGAACUUUGCCCACACUCCUAAAGAUGUGAUUGUAAUGAUUCAAGGCAGCAAAAGGUGUAACGUUACUGUGAUAACAAGAAGUAGCUUGUUGUGUAGACUACCACCUCAUGACAUUCUACCGAACGAACCACUGAGAAAAGUUGAGGUACGAACAGGCAGUUUGGAAUUUGACUUGGGCUACAUUAAGUUUGUAGAAAACAUAGAAAACAACCACACUGUAAAGAUCAUAUCCAUUGUCGUUCCUAUCGUUGUAGUUCUUAUUCUAUUUAUCGUCUGUCUGAUCUUCUUACAACGAAGAAAGGCUAGGAAAACCCGAAUACCAGCCUAUAUGGUGUCCUACACUUCUGACACGUCAUCUGAUAUGUGUAAUGGAACAACGCGACGUAGACACGAGGAAAAUGACUACCUCGAUGUUCGAAGACGUCAGACAGACAACCAACCCUUGGUUACGACCACUUGCAUCACGUCUGACACCUGUGAGAUAGAUGAGGAAACUUUACAACUUUUAAAUGCGGAGAAUAUCUUAGUUGCCAGAGAUUAUUUAACACUCGGUGAAGUCAUUGGCCAGGGUCAUUUCGGACGAGUGUACAAGGGUGAGCUGCAAAUUCCAGGAAAGGAAGUUUGUGUUGAAGUAGCUGUUAAAACUCUACAUAACAGUAAUUUUUUCUUGAACCUACGACGCAAACACGUUUCUGAUCUACUAAAAACGUCUAAAAUUAUUUGUAUUCAACAAUAUAAAACUAAAUCUAUGUUAGUAACAUCGCCAACGGUCAAAGACCUACUACAGUACGGGAUUCAGAUUUCAGAAGGUAUGAAAUAUUUAUCAGAACUGAAGUUUGUCCACAGAGACUUGGCAGCAAGGAACUGCAUGCUGGACGAGGACCACACUGUCAAGGUAGCUGACUUCGGUUUGUCACGUGAUAUUUAUGAACGUGACUACUAUAGUAGUGACAAUAAGAAAACCAAACUCCCUGUAAAGUGGAUGGCUCCAGAGAGCUUGGAGAAGGGAACGUACAACACCAAAACUGACGUGUGGUCAUUUGGUGUGGUUUUGUGGGAGCUCUUGACUCGUGGGGUCACUCCAUACCCGGAUGUUGACAACUGGGAUAUCUUGAACUACCUGAAACAAGACAGAAGGAUGCCUCAGCCUUCUUACUGCCCAGACCUCCUGUACAAAGUGAUGCUGAGUUGCUGGGCUGAAGAUCCGAAGAAACGUCCGUCGUUUGGGGAGCUUGAAGAAGAAUUGCAAGGAGUAAUAACAAAACUCGAACAAAAAAGCAAACAGCGUCGUGUAGGCCUUAACGUUACUUACGUGAAUUACCCUACUCCUGCGGGAAGUAAUCAACAGCAAGAAGCUGGUAGUUCCUAAACGCCGAACCAACUAUUACCUGAAAAAAAAUUAUUCGAAGAGAGACGUCCAGUAAGUUUACAGGCGAGUUUUGAGAGUGAAGCCGUUAGGUACAACGAUGAUGAACUAAAUCAAAAAUGAAUAAUAUAAUAAAUAGCUUUAUGUUGUAAUACUGUAAGAGCUACCGUGCAGGUCCUUAGAGUGGACGGAAUGUUGUACAAGGGAUAACGUACGUGGUAGAUUUGAAAUGUGUAUCUGUUUUAGAGACUUCUUUAACUUCCUGACUGAAAUGAGAAAAUACGAGAAUCAAAAUAAGUUUAACUUAGGUAACAUGCGUAACACAAAAAUGAGGACUAAAGGAUAAAGGGCAAGUAAUCAUACAGACUGUGGAAAUUUUUAUCGUCAUUCAGGAGUUUAUACAGCCUUUGAUACAUCAUUAUCAUCCACAAUCUAUCUAUUUUUUUUACAGCCAGGGAAAGUUUAUUAUAAAUCAAAACCUAUUUAUUUCGUCAGAAUCUAUACAGUCUAUGAAACAUUGUUAUCAUCCAAAACCUUGUUUUUGUCAGAGUUUAUACAGCUUGUGAGACGUCGUCAUCAUCCAAAACCUUGCUUUGUCUGAUUUUAUACAACCUGUGAAAUGUCAUUAUCAUGUUAAGGAAAGUUAACAUUGGUGUUUUUGCCUGUAGGGUAACCUGUGCUGUUGAAUCGUCACAACUUCUAAGACUAUUUCCAGUGUAAAUAUAUGCCUUCGGCCACACGAGAAAAAAAAAGAGAUUAUAAUUAAACUUCACUUUUAACAAAUGGUUUUUUUCUCGAAAAGAAAUAGCAGUAACAACUUUUUAUGUGAGAGAUAGGUCCAAGUUUUGUAGGUAACUUGACCCUGUAUACCGGAAAGCUGAGUCCAACAAAUGUACAUGUUGAUAGUAUAUAGUGCAUGCGAUAACAGAAACUAGGCCUUGAUUAUUGCAUAUGUUAUCCGCGAAGAACUGACAAUUAUUGGUCAGAAAUGGUUGAACGUCGUGCUACGUCAGAGUGAUUGUUAGUGUGCCUGUGAUACUUUCAGAGAUGGUUGAUUAUAUCUUGCAUUGCAAUAUUUUAUUUCGAUAUUAUUGUUGCAUAAGUAGAGUGGCUGUUACAUAUAUAUAUAUAACGUUUAAUAUUAAGAUAUUUCAAAUGUUACUUAGUUUUAAGUUUGAAAUGCGUGAGUUGGAAAAGACGUUGAAUCAAAAUUCCUGUAAUCAAAUCACGUUUCUGGUGGUUAACUUCAAAAUACACAGAAGAAGAUGAAUAUGGUUAUUGUGAGUUGACUCCAUAGUUGUUGUUUUUCGUAAUUUUUUCUGUUAAUAACAAGUAUAGAAAUCGUAAAUCUUCAUUAAACAAAUAACACUUAAAUAAGAGUUUCAAAGAUCAGUUGGAUUUUGGUUUAUAAUUUAUUAAAUUUCAUAUGAAUAGUUACUUUUUGCAUUACUUUUUUUUUAUCCUUUUAUUAUCUGUUCCCACCAUUUAAAACUGUGCUGAUAAAGUCCAAUAAGCUAACAAUUCUGGUCCUUUAGAAAUACUUUGUUUCAUAUCAAAGUUAAUAAUGCUGAUAUUUUAAGACUGUGCUUGCUGUUCUGUAGAACACUUAACAAUAAACUCUUGUCAUUCCGUAGAAAAUUAAGAAUACCGAUUCCUCAGGAAAACUCUUGUCAUUCCGUAGAAAAGUUAACAAUACUGAUUCCUUAGGAAACCUUUUUGUUGUUCCAUAGAAAAAGUUAAUACCGAUUCCUUAGGAAAUCUCUUGUCGUUUCAUAGAAAAAAAGUUAACAAUACUGAUUCCUUAGGAAACCUUUUUGUUGUUCCAUAGAAAAAGUUAAUACCGAUUCCUUAGGAAAUCUCUUGCCGUUCCACAGACAAAAAAGUUAACAAUACUGAUCCCUUAGGAAAUCUCUUGUCGUUCCAUAGAAAAAAAGUUAACAAUACUGAUUCCUUAGGAAACCUUUUUGUUGUUCCAUAGAAAAAGUUAAUACCGAUUCCUUAGGAAAUCUCUUGCCGUUCCACAGAAGAAAAAAAGUUAACAAUACCGAUUCCUUAGGAAAUCUCUUGCCGUUCCAUAGAAAGAAAAAAAGUUAACAAUACCGAUUCCUUAGGAAAUCUCUUGUCGUUCUACAGAAGAAAAAAAGUUAACAAUACUGAUCCCUUAGGAAAUCUCUUGUCUUUCCAUAGAAAAAAAGUUAACAAUACUAGUCCUUCAGGAAAUCUCUUGCCGUUCCAUAGGAAAAACGUUAACAAUACUGAUCCCUUAGGAAAUCUCUUGUCGUUCCAUAGAAAAAAAGUUAACAAUACUAGUCCUUCAGGAAAUCUCUUGCCGUUCCAUAGGAAAAACGUUAACAAUACCGAUUAUUUAGGAACCACAAACGCCUUUCCUUGAAAAAAAGGAAAAAAUAACAUUAAUAGGCGAAAAAUUAAAAACUGCACGUCAACAGAAAACUCGUAUGUUUUCAUGGUUGAAACAAAUGUAUUUAAUCGACAUAGAAUUUCUGAUUUUUGUAAAAAAAAAG